UGCAGAAGUAGAUCCGAAUCCUCUUCCAUCCCCGUAUCUGACGGGCGACAUGUCCAUGCUGUGCGAGUGGCCCAGUGAGAUCUCGAGCGCGAUGGAGUGGUCUACGCGUUUCUUAGAUUACCCUCUUGUGCCUCCAGAUUCAGAUCUGCCAUAGCACUAGUAUAUAUGGAUAUCAGAUGAUAGUAUUACUCGUCCGGCUAAUACGGAUCUCACGGUCUAGCGGGAAGCAGUGACGUCACAGCCAGAUAUCUACAAAUAGUCAGCACUAUCAAAUUAGUAUGCCUGGAGUCUUGAACACUUUUUAGCCUAACUGGUUUAGUGUCACAUUGCCAACAUACUUAGGCAGACUCCAGCCAGAAUAGACUUACUGCAUACUCAGGUUCCACUGCACUUCCGUAAUGCCAUCUCAAAUUCCCUCUAUCCCUUCUCCCACCGACCACGAACCACUAGCUAUCCACGAUUCAAAGACAGCAGAAAACGAAUGCCGGAUCUGCUUUGAAGAUCUGCUCGAACCCUUUGCCCACCAGUUACCCUGCGGGCAUAUCUUCCACCGCGACUGCGCUGAUCGCUGGCUAUGUGGCGCUGAUGCCUCAUGUCCGUUGUGUCGAAAACGAAUUUAUGCCCUGAGCCGACCGUAUUUUGUGCCGGUUGGAUCGGCACAGACACCGCCACCACCUGCUUCCCCGCUACAGUCGCAGGGGUCGAUGUGGGAAACGCUGAAAAAGUGGUAUCGACGCAGGAGGGGGAAGGAAGAGAUGGCACAAGAAAUGGAAGAAAGGGAAGGGCAUUAAAUACAGGAUUUUACUUGCACUACAUAGUUACUCCGUACUACAUACUAUGUACAGUGAUCGAGAG